AUGAUGAAACUAAUGAAAAAGACAGUGCUGACAUUGGCAGUCAUUUGCCUUUCCACACCAGCGUUAACAUCUGCUUUUGUUCCUGUUUCCAGCAGCAGGACCACAGCUGUCGCUUAUUAUGCUCCUUCUUCUCGAAUCACCGCCACUACUGACAAGAAGAAGCUCCAAACGACCGCCCCAUUUGUCGCAACAAAAACGACACAACUACACGAACGAAAAUAUCAAGGAACCAACGAUGGUACUGGUCGCGGUAUUAUCCUCCAAGUGAUUGUCUUUGGCAUCACGGCCUGGCUCUUUACCAUUCCACCUGAAUUUCGUCGGGCCUACCUGUGUCCCGCCGAUACCUUUUGCCAAGAAGAGGGCUCGUGUACACGGGAAUGUGUCACCCCUGACGAAUGGGUCAGUGGGAUUAAAGAUUACUACAAGAAUGGAGGAGGUAUCAAAUGGGAUUUUUCCAUUGACCCAAAGACCAAGGCAUCGAAUCAACAAAAGUUGGAUGCGAUUUUGGGCAAUAUGAAUAAUAAUAAUAAUAAUAAUGGUGCUGGUGGUGCUGGUAAUUAA